CACUCACAACGGCCUUUUCUAUAAUAUUGCACUGUGUAAUGUCCUCCCGUCAUGCAUUCAUUCGUGUUCUGCUCAUGGGCUGUAACAGUGCAACCCCGUCCAUUGACAGUUCAUGGUGGGGCCUUGAAGUUGAGAUUUGGUAAGGACUUGCUACGGAGGCCCCGCGGACAAGCCUUGGGUGAUAUUUCACUUAGUAUCAAGGCGGACGAAGAUCUCUACAAAACCGUCCUUUACAUCACUAUCGAAGGCAAGUUGAUUCAUCCAGAAACUUCAAGGCUCGCUGUAAAACGUUCUUGCUCAUAUAUUUAUCGCGAUCAUGGGCUGCCUCAGACUUUCCCAGCGAGUCUUCCGGAGAAAGCGAGACAAUUUCAUAUGGACUAUCAGCUGUGACCAAUCGUUCGCCUAGCACACCCUUUUGGCGCACUUUUCCUAGCCCGACAGCAUGAUCGAGGGUGUAAAGAGUCGCUGAGGAUUACAAUAUCAUUGCAAGAAUCGGGGACGUGAUUUCUAUCUCUGAUGGAUGUGAGGAUGCUUCAGUACCGCUGGUAGGCAUUUGUAUCAUACAUUUGCCGACUUACGCCAAAAGCGAGCCCUA